UAUCUUCAUUCAUUUCGCGAUUUUACCUCUCGAAUACCAUUAUUUUUUGUGCUUUGCGAUUAAAAGAUUGUAUCUUUGAUUAUUUUCACAUUUAAAUAAAUCAAAAAUAAUAAGUUUUUAGUUGAAAAACUUUGAAAUGGUUUUAUGUGCGAAAGUGUUGUCGGAAACAAGAUUUCCUUGAAAUGGAAAUUACUAAAAUGACGUGAAAAAUACAAUUACAAACAUUUUACAAACGAUAUGUGUUUACUGAUAAAUGUGUAGUUGAAUUCAAUAAUGAUGCAGUCUACGUCGGAAGGAUGUAUGAACAUAGCAGAGUUAGCAAAUCAAUUGAGGAGAGAGAAGAUAUUUAUUAAUUCCGAACGACAGCUGUUGCAAAAUCUCAAUGAAGAGGUUGAGAAGAAGGCAUUGGAGUUGCUGCAGGUGUCUUGGGUGUGCUUGCAGCAGCGCCAGAACCUCACCAACUUGAUCACUUCAAGAUGUGAGGCAGAUUCUAUAGCUGCUUGCCAGAGAGCAAGUUUGCUUGAAAGGACUACUUUUGUGGAUGUUUUCAAAGUCUUGAAGUACAAGGAAGCGACAGCCCUAGGCGAGCUCCUAGGAUGGCUGCGCGACUCGCCGCACCUCGUCGCAUUGUGCCUUCUCUUAGGAGAAGAGCACAUGCCCCCAUCGCUACCCGCGGCGCUCAUAUCCGGGCUCUAUGGAAGCGCGCGCUCCACGUCAGAUAGGACCCGGUUGCUGGGCGUGAUCCGGUCGCUGAUCAAACACCAGCUGGCGCCGUCUAACGACCCGAAAAAAUUGUUCCGCACGGGCAAAUGCGCAUUAUCGUCGCUAUACGGCGUGUUCCGCGACAGUCACACGCCGGCGCGGCAGUUUCUGGCGGCGGCGCUGCAAGGCCCGGUCAUGGCCGUGCUGUUGGAAGACGAGUUCUUCCUGGAUGUGGACCCUGAUAAAGCAAUGGAGAGGUUCUCCCCAUCAGACCGUCUCAAGAAGUUCGGGCAGACCAACAGCGCGGAGUACACAUCCAAAGUGGCCCGCUACCGCAAGUGGACUGUUCAGUCGCUGUACAACCUGACCAGCAAGUUCAUAGCCUCGCUGCGGGAGCACUGGCCCAACUUUCCCUCCACCAUAGCUUGGAUCGUGCAGCAGACUGUACACCUGCUCAAACAACAUUCCAGAACAAGCGAGCGCGAGCUACACGCCAUCUGCACGGAUCUCGUGCUACACCACUUCAUCUGCCCGGCGAUCGUGAACCCGGAGACGCACGGCGUGGUGGACGUGCCCGUGUCCUACAUCGCGCGGUUCAACCUCAUCCAGAUCGCGCAGAUCGUGCAGAUGCUGUGCCUUAUGCGGUACCAGGAGGUGGAGGCGAAAGUCCGCGACGUGUACGCGAAAUUCGAGCGGUCCUGCGUGUGGUCGCUGCUGGACGCAGUCGUGGGCGACACGUGCGCGCCCGCGCCCUCCGCGCCCGCGCCGCCCUCCGCGCUGCGCACCGACGCGCUGCUGCACACCACCGUGGCGCUGUUCACUGCGCACGACGCGCACGAGCUGAUAAUGUUCUUGAGGCGGAUAUCGUCGAAACUAAACAACAACACUCCAAGUUUGACUGCUGAUGAACAACCCAAUGGAAAUGUGUCCGAAGCUGCUGGGUCAAGUGGCGAGUCGAGUCCCGAGCACGGCGCGCCGUGGUCGGAAGCUUGCGCUGCCCGCGUGGCCGCGCUGCUUCAGACGCUAGAGCCGAACUACCGCAGCCGCCUGCACGACCUGCUGCGGAAGAUGCCCGACCUCAGCAACUACCGCCGAACUACCGCAGCCGCCUGCACGACCUGCUGCGGAAGAUGCCCGACCUCAGCAACUACCGGUGAGUCGCGGCAGCAGGUCAGUCUCAGGAGCUAUCCAGGAGGCGUGCGCUGCCCGCUGGCCGCGCUGCUUCAGACGCUAGAGCCGAACUACCGCAGCCGCCUGCACGACCUGCUGCGGAAGAUGCCCGACCUCAGCAACUACCGGCCAACGACCACCCCACCUGAGCCGAAAGAGGUUAUCAUCGAGAAUGGCUACGGGAAACGAGGCAUACUGGCCAAAGUGCCGAAGCCGCGGCUACCACGGUCCAGUUCAGCGGCCGCGCUGACAACUGACAGUGCGCCUGUCAACGGCAGCGUGGACAAGACUGACAGCUCGUUGGACCAUCCAGAGGUGCUGAUCAUACGCCUGGCUAACGUGGAGGAGCAUGAUUAUGUCGGGAUGGUCCCCGAGUCGAAAGUUCUGGAGUGCUACUACGGCGGGUCGGAAGCGGGCGACGCCGACGACGCCGCGUCGGCGCUGGCGGCGCCCGGGCCCGGCGCGCCCGUGCAGAAGCGGACACGUUUCUCGGUGUCCCACGACGAGGUAUCGCUGGGCAACACGUCGGACAACCUGGAGGCGGUUUCGGAGGCGGCGUCCAACCACAGUGUCACCUCCAGCCUCGAGCUCGAGACCGAGGACCAGAACGACAACCUGUCCGACAUGGUAUCGGCAAACGUGAGCGGUCGCGGCAGCCCUAACAUUUCGGGCCGUGAGACUCCUUCGUCCCAAGUCACUGACGGCGACGCUCCACCUAGGAGGUUACCACAAAACGCGCCCGUGAAUCAGCCGAGCAGCGCUCAGGCGAAGAUGAUGAAGCAGACGCGCAACGACAUCGAUGAUAAGUUCUGCAAGUUUGAGAUCAAGAAGCUGCUGGAAGGCGACGAGACCAUCAGCAUAAUGUCGGACACGUGGAGCACCGACGUGUUAGCUUCCGACUCCGAGACCAUCGGCGACUCCUGCGACCACACGCAGCUGCAGCACAACCAGAGUGUGAACGCGAACAACACAAAUGCGCCGGACGCGUCCGAGACGGCCAGCGAGUCGGCCUGGAGCAUGGACGUGCUGGCGUCCGACAGCGACCGCAACACCGAGGUACCUUAUUCACCUGCAAUAAGGCUCAUUCUAGAGCGAGCGGACAACACAAACGCGCCGGACGCGUCCGAGACGGCCAGCGAGUCGGCCUGGAGCAUGGACGUGCUGGCGUCCGACAGCGACCGCAACACCGAGGUGGACACAGACGACUGUGUGUCGGUGGCGGCGCGUUCUGACACGUCAUGGCCACGCCGGCCCUCGCACAACGAUGACGCGAUCAAACAGCUGCAGCAGAACGGCAACGUAAAGAGGCCUACUGAUGUCGGAAGUCCACGACACACCUCUCGGCCAGGGCUUACAAAUAGGGGCGGCGGCUACCUGAGCGCGACCGCGGCGCUGUCUCGCGGCGGCGAGCUAGACUUGCCGGCGCACAACCACCCGCCGUCGCACUUCAUAGAGAACAGGAAGAGUAUCCUUGUCAACGGCUACCCGGUGAUGACGUGCUACGCGACGUCAGCCCCCGAAAGUCCUAGCACGUCAACUCCGGCGCAGCUGCCUAAUGAUGUGUUCGAUUUCGUACCGCAAAAUGGAAACAGCGUGCAAACGGAAUCCACUCUAGACGGCGGGAACAACAGCCAAUCAGAUGCGACCUCUCAAUGGGUGGACGAUAGUUUCCCACCUCAACAUUCCCCGGAGCGUCCUUACCCUUCCACCUCUAAGUACGACCUGCCGUCGACCUCCAAGCCCUACGAUGACCAGGAUCUGAUGGACCGAUCGCUCAACUCUAGCGAGAGUUCCUUCAACGCCAUGUCGGUCAGCCAGUACGAUAGGCGUUACGAUUCUGGGAUUGACACCGAGCAACCGGAGGCCAGGUCAGCAAUAACCGAUCUGAUGACCCGCAUGAGUUCCGCCACCAUUUCGACCUCGGCCAAUCUUGUAAACAACUUGACGGCUCGGAUCGUCAAAUCGGAGAUUCGAACGAGUAUAGUGAGCAUCAGCUCGUCUAGAAUCGAGAAGAAAAGAGAUGCGACGAGUAAUAUGUCGCUUAGUACGCUGUCGGUGAAUAGUGCAGAGACUUCUGUGUCGGAUAAGAGCUCGAGCCAGGACGUGAAUUCGGAGAAUGUAACGGAGAGGCGCGUCAGUCCGCCGCCGGCCAAGGCGCCGUCGACUGGUGCUAUACCGAAAAGCAUCAGCUUCGAUGCUACAGCUGAGAAGUCGCAAAGGCGACGUAUGGCCGGCGAAGAGAGCCUUGUGGGCAAUCUCGAUGAGCUCAAGAACAACGUGAAACGCUCCGGAGGAAACUUGCUGCACAAGAUCAAGAUGUUCCGACAGAAAGGCCGCUCGCAUCACCAGCAGAAUGACAUCAAGGUAUCCGAAGAGGAGGUCCGCAGCGACGACGGCUGCCGCUCCGAGAGCUCGGAAGACAUCCUGGCCAAGUACCGGCGCGCGCCCGAGCCCGCCAAGCGCCGGCCGAGCGGCGCGCGCCGCGUGUCCGACGUCGACGCCGCCGACCUCGACAAAUGCGAGGGCGUGGUGGACCUGAACGACCCGGAGGUGUUCAACAGCAUGAAGCGGCGCCUGCGCAUGGUGCUGUCCAACCCCGACCUGUACUCCGUGGAGUAUGUGCCCAACCGCUGCACGAGCACGUCCCUCAUCGAGUGGGUCCGCGCCGCAGCCGCGGGCGCCAGCAGCGAGGCCGGCGCCGCCAUCGCCAGCGCCGUCGCCCGCGCGCUCACCGCGCCCGCCGCGCCGCGCCUCGCCGCCGCGCUGCGGGCCGACCUGGCGGCGCGCCGGCCCUACGCCGCCUACCUGGCCUCGUGCCGCGCCGCGCUGCAGCACGCCGCCCGCGCGCGCGCCACACAAAUCAACGCAGUCGUGCUGGAGUGCGGCUGGUGCGCGCGCGCGGCGGCGGCUGCCCGCGCGCUGGAGNUUACGCAUGACAAUGGGGNCCGCCUGGCGCGCCUGCACGCCGCCCGCCACGCGCACCACAACGGUGGCGAGUUGAUGGACGAGAAAGCUACAAGACUGACCGCUCACAUUAAGGCCAUGACAGCCGAAGUGAAAGCUGAUCCUUCGUGGGAAGGUGCGACCCCCGCUGUGUUGGAAACAUUGGAGCUGACAGUGGAGCGCGCGGCGUUUUCGCGUCUGUACCUGCAAGUGCUGUUUCCCAACGGAGAUGGCGACAUCGCGAGGGAUCAGGUCUUAAGCGAGCACAUUCGGCGGCUGGCGGCGUGGUGCAGCGCGUCGCGCGCGGGCGUGUCGCCGCGCCACGUGUGGGCCGCGCCCUUCCCGCGCGCGCAGGCGCUGCUGAGACAUCUACCCGUCUACCGCACGCCCAGGGACAAGGUCAUGUGCGUAAUGCGCUGCGUGACGUCACUGAUGGCGGUGCUGGGGCUCACAGAGGGCGACGCACCCGCCGCCGAUGACCUCACACCCGUACUCGUGUAUAUCAUCAUCAAGGUCAACCCACCAUCGCUUCUGUCCACCAUCGAGCUGGUGAACGCUCUGGGCGGCUCGGCGCUGCAGGGCGAAGCCCUAUACUGGUGGACGCAGUUCUGCGCCGCCGUGGCCUACAUCAAGACCAUGGACUACCCGCGCGCCGACCAGCCGGACACCUAGCCCGAGACCACGCGUCUGGUUUCAGCGCGUGUCCUCGAGUGUAAAUUGGAAUUGAUCCGGCGCGGUGCGUUCCGUCAGCGUCGCCACUCCCUCUAAAUUACUAUUAACUGUUCACACACUAGUUCUCUUAAGUACGCGUACACGCCGUUUAGUUUUCACCUAGGAAUCUUCAAAAACAUCAGUUUACGUAUCCAAUUUCGUGUUUUCGGCACAUAGGGUUAGAAUAACAAACAGAUAGAGACGGUAUUCAAUUAGCAAUGAAUAAUGCAUGCCAUAUCAUAGAGGUGGACCGACGACCUGAUAAAGGUAACAGGAAGGCGCUGGAUGCAGGCCGCUACCAACCGUGCGAUGUGGAAGUCAUUGGGGGAGGCCUAUGUUCAGCAGUGGACGUCCUGUGGCUGAAAUGAUGAUGAUGAAUGUAUGUCAUCGUUAUUCAGUUUAAUCCCUAUAAUGUCGUCUCGCUAAUAAUACAAUUUGAUCUUGAUCUAAAUACAAAUCGAUGACCAUAGAUUUUAGUUCCUCAAAACUCAAAAUUAUACCUGAAAUGUUUAGCUGCCUGUUGAUUCUAUCGUUAGUAAAUAUAUCUAUUUUCUGAGCGUAUAAAUUUUCUUGACCACAUUAGGUUUCAAUUUAACUAAACGGUAGUGUACACGUAGCGCGCUCUAAGACUUCAUUGUAAAUUAAGUUUUAAUCUAAGUGCAACGAAUUAGACAUCCGUGUGUAUUAUGUAAUCGAUCGAUCAAAAUUGUACUAUAAAUCGUGUUGUCACUAGUAGAAAGAUCAACGUCAUCUUUUUCACUCUCCCACUAUUAUUUCUUCUUUAAUAUUACUUUUUAUCUGUUAUUCUUGCUGUCUGAUCUAGUGGUGGUCAAACACGUCGAAUAAUCAAUUUUAACAUUAUAAGUAAACUG